UUUCGACAUUAAUCGUCAUUUUUCGACUUUAGAAUUCAGUUAAACAACCAGUGAUGCCAAGCAAAAGAUUGCUUCGCCUUGUAAGAACAAUUGCAACCUUUACCCCCAAGCACAAACCCCUUCAUGCACAAGCUCCUCAAAGCCCACCUCGUGAUUAUGUUUACUUUACAAACCGAGCGCUUGAUGAUAUGAUCAAAUCGGGAGAUGUCGGCUCUGCCCUCAAUAUGUUCGACGAAAUGCCAGUUCGCAACGUUGUCACUUAUAAUUUACUCAUUUCUGGGCAAGGCCGAUAUGGGUUCGGAGAGGAGGCCCUUAGUUUGUACAGUACUAUGGUCUCACAAGGACUUGAAGAACGUGCGCAAACCUUUUCAACCGUACUGAGUAUUUGCACGAACAGGAGUUUUUACAGAGAAGGAACGCAAGUUCAUUGCAGGGUUGUUUUGCUUGGAUUCAGUUCGAAUCUGUACAUAGGCAGCGCUCUUGCUAGUCUUUACAUGCAUAUGGGUUUCGUCGACGUUGCUUUGGUGAUUAUCCGAGAAUUGCCGGAGCGAAGUUUGGGAACAUGGAACUUGGUUUUACGUGGUUUUUGUGAUGUGGGUCGACCAGAUUUGUUGUUUGGAUUGUUUGGUGAGAUGAAAGUUGAUGGCUUUGAGCCAAAUGAGCUUAGCUUCUGUUAUAUGAUUAAUGGGUGUGCUAAGGAGAAGCUUGUCGAUGAAGGAAAGCAACUGCAUUGUCAGGUGAUUAAGGCUGGGUGGGCAGAGUCUCAAAUUUUUGUUGCAAAUUCUUUGGUGGACUUUUACUCCAGUUGUUGGUGUCUAAAUGAUGCCAAGAAGUCUUUUAUUUCUGUUCCAGUUGAGGAUGUGAUUUCUUGGAAUUCCAUUGUUUCGGUCUAUGCGGGGCAGGGGUUAUUGCUCGAUGCUCUUGAAUUGUUCUCGAGGAUGCAAUUCUGGGGGCAGAGACCUUCUGUCAGAUCAAUUGUUGGGUUCUUGAAUUUAUCCAGUGAAACACGGAAUAUUGAUCUGGGGAAGCAGAUUCACUGUCUUGUCAUAAAAUUGGGUUUUGAUCAGGGCAGUGUUUAUGCUCCAUCUGCUCUUAUUGACAUGUACGGAAAAUGUGGUGAAAUUGAGUGCUCAUUUUCAGCAUUUGAGAGUCUUACUGAGAAAUGUGUGGGUUGCUGCAAUUCACUCAUGACGUCUCUACUGCGAUGUGGCAUGGUAGAAGAUGUGGUUGAGUUAUUUGGUUUUAUGGUUGAUGAGGGGGUUGGUUUUGAUGAAGUCUCUCUCUCGACAAUGAUGAAAGGAAUAUUGUUGUCUUCUCGCGGAAGCUUAACGAGCUCUGAUUUGGUUCAUGGCUGCGCAAUAAAAUCAGGUUAUGAAUCAGACACUGCAGUUUCUUGUUCUUUGAUUGAUGCAUAUUCAAGAUGGGGUCGCAUAGAUCUUUCCCACGAGGUUUUUGAGAGAAUGGCUUCACCAAAUGUCACCUGCUUCACGUCGAUCAUCAGUGCAUAUGCCCGCAAUGGAAUGGGAAGAGAAGGCCUUAAAAUGCUUGAUGCCAUGACUAAAAAGGGUCUAAAACCUGAUGAGGUGACCUUCUUGGCUACACUAUCGGGGUGCAGUCACUCGGGCCUGGUUGAAGAAGGAAGAUUCCUUUUCUAUAAUAUGACAUUCCACCAUGGGAUAAACCCUAACCGGAAGCAUUAUUCAUGCAUGAUUGAUCUAUUAGGGCGUGCAGGGCUGCUUUCUGAAGCUGAAGAACUGCUGAAACAGGCUCCAGAAAAAGCUGAUUGUGCAAUGUGGAGUUCAUUGUUGAGAAGUUGUAGGAUCCACGGGAAUGAAAUGGUAGGGAGAAGGGCAGCAGAGAAGUUGAUAGGGUUUGAAUUGGGGGAUCCUGCUGUUACUCUUCAAGUAUCAAACUUCUAUGGUGAAAUUGGGGAACAUCAGACCUCAAUGCAAAUAAGAGACAUUGCCAUGGAGAAGAAGAUGACAAGGCAGAUUGGUCAUAGUUUAAUAGAGGCCAAGACUCAUAUCCAACAUUAGCAUCUUGGACUGGUUGCACCAUUUGUGGAAGUCUACAUCUCCUUGAUUAGUUUGCUAAGGCAAGUAUGCUUUUGCUUGAAGCCUUGAGUAUGCAUGGGACAGUAGUUAUAUUGGCCAUUCCCCUUGCGGUCCUGACUGAAUUGACUGACGUCUCAUAUUCUUUCCAGUUCAUGGAGCAGCAAACAAGAUUGAGUAUCAGAAGUAUAGCAUUCUUGAAGAGCUUGAGAGUUUGCGCGUAGAAGAGGAAAAUGAAGUGGAAGAUGCAAAUGUUCCAUCAUGGUCAAGC